UCGGGCCGGGCCGCUCCUGGCUCCCGGCCGCGCUCCCAGCGCAGGCGCAGUCCCGCGCUCCCUCGGCGGCUCCCAGCGCAGUGCGCCCACCGCGACUGAGUGUAGCGGCGUCGGCCGGCCGUCCUCUUCUUCUUCUUCCUGCUUUAGGGCGCGCUCCGUACAGCGCUGAGAGCGCCCCUGAGCGCGGACAGUGACCGCGGUGAUUUCGUCAGCGUUGACAACUCUCUGCGACUGCCCGGGGACCAGCCAGCUCUGAUGGACUCUAGAAGUGAUGAUGUUAGGUGGAAUCUGCAGCACGUGAAGAGUUGCCAGUUGUUACGGGAUUAAGAAAACAAAUCUGUAAUGGCUAAAGGGUACUUUGAUUCUUUUGGUCCUCAGGACCUGCUGGGAUAUAAGCGGUAUUACCACAUCUAUAGAUCUGGAAAUUGGGAUUCAGAGAGGUUAUCUUAUGAUGAGGCUUUUGCUAUGGCUAAUGACCCCUUGGAAGGCUUCCAUGAAGUAAACCUUGCUUCACCUACUUCUCCAGACCUUCUUGGUGUGUAUGAAUCAGGAAAUCAGGAGCAGACUACCUCACCAAGUGUCAUCUAUCGGCCACAUCCUUCAACUCUGUGCUCUGCCCCAAUUCAGGCUAAUGCCUUAGAUGUUUCCGACCUUCCCACGCAACCUGUGUAUUCAUCCCCCAGACGUUUAAACUGUGCAGAAAUAUCUAGUAUCAGCAUCCAUGUUACAGAUCCAGCACCUUGUUCUACCUCUGGAGUCACAGCUGGGUUAACUAAAUUAACUACGAGAAAGGACAACUGUAAUGCAGAGAGGGAGUUUUUACAGGGUGCUACUAUAACAGAGGCUUGUGAUGGCAGCGAUGAUAUUUUUGGGUUGAGUACUGAUAGUCUGUCCCGUUUACGAAGCCCAUCUGUUUUGGAAGUCAGAGAAAAGGGCUAUGAAAGAUUAAAAGAAGAACUUGCAAAAGCUCAGAGGGAACUGAAGUUAAAAGAUGAAGAGUGUGAGAGGCUUUCUAAAGUACGAGAUCAACUUGGACAGGAAUUGGAGGAACUCACAGCUAGUCUGUUUGAGGAAGCUCAUAAGAUGGUGAGAGAAGCAAAUGUCAAGCAGGCAACAGCAGAAAAACAGCUAAAGGAAGCACAAGGAAAAAUCGAUGUCCUUCAAGCUGAAGUAGCCGCAUUGAAGACACUUGUCUUGUCCAGUUCUCCAACAUCACCUACGCAAGAGCCUCUGCCAGGUGGAAAGACACCUUUUAAAAGGGGGCAUACAAGAAAUAAAAGUACAAGCAGUGCUAUGAGUGGCAGUCAUCAGGACCUCAGUGUGAUACAGCCAAUUGUAAAAGACUGCAAAGAGGCUGACUUAUCUCUGUAUAAUGAAUUCAGAUCUUGGAAGGAUGAUCCCACAAUGGAUAGAUCGUGUCCUUUCUUAGACAAAAUUUAUCAGGAAGAUAUCUUUCCAUGUUUAACGUUCUCAAAAAGUGAGUUGGCUUCAGCUGUUUUGGAGGCUGUGGAAAACAAUACUCUAAGCAUUGAACCGGUGGGAUUGCAACCUGUUCGAUUUGUGAAAGCUUCUGCAGUCGAAUGUGGAGGACCAAAAAAAUGUGCUCUAACUGGCCAGAGUAAGUCUUGUAAACACAGAAUUAAAUUAGGGGACUCAAGCAACUAUUACUAUAUUUCUCCUUUUUGCAGAUACAGGAUCACCUCUGUAUGUAACUUUUUUACAUACAUUCGAUAUAUUCAGCAGGGGCUCGUGAAACAGCAGGAUGUUGAUCAGAUGUUUUGGGAAGUUAUGCAGUUGAGAAAAGAGAUGUCAUUGGCAAAGCUGGGCUAUUUCAAAGAGGAACUCUGAUGCUCUGCCUGGGACCAUGCAUGAACCUCCCUGAACACCUGGAAAAUGGCUGCAUAUUUUUAUGGUUACUUGAUAUUUAUUUCCAAGGAGUGGGCCCAAGACUUUUUCCCUCUUUUGCAGAUUACACUAAGAAGUACUGUGAUUUCUUUUAAAUUGACCUAUGCUGUGUCUGCUUACUCUUUAGUUGAACAUACUAUAAAGAAUUACAGGUGUACUAGUGAUUGUAAUUUAUAGUUGCAAAAAAAAGCUAAAUAAAUAAAGAAAUACAUCAACGUUA